UUGUUUUGAGAUGUCGUAUCAUUUCACCAAGGGAUCUGUAGAUGAUCAGAUCAUCAAUGACUUGAAGUCACUGGACAGAUUUGAGGAAUCAGCUUUUAACGAGCUGCUUGAUAUAGUAUUUUCAUUUCUUACGUCCCCAAAAGAUGGGAAUCGAUUUAUGACCCAAGUGUCAGAAUUUGCUGCUACCCAUGGAGUAAGCGUUGGAGCUCUGAAGAAUGUUAUGAAAAGUCUACUGAGCUUUUUUAAAAGUGCUUUAAAGCGAAACCUAACACCUGUACAAAUUAAGGAAGAUUUUGAACGCAUAGGUUUAUCUUCUGAGAAAACACCAUUGGUUGAAMCAAAGUGGAAAGCAAACCUGAUCGCCCUUUCAAGGUCUGUUGUUGGUCAGACAUUCAUGGUCAAUCAACUAGUGGACAUGGAAUGGAAGUUUGGUGUAACAUCAAGCAGCAGCGAUCUAAAGGUUGUAGGACAGACAUUUUUGCAGCUGAAACUUGUGAUUGACCGUGGAAGCCAUCAUGAGGAUGUGUUCAUGGAAAUGACUCUACCUCAGUUUUAUUCGUUCUUGCARGAGAUGGAAAGAGCAAAGUCUACACUUGAAUAUUUUAGUUAACUUGUGAAAUUAUAAAACAUUGAAAGUAUAUUAAACCUAUGGUAUAGUGUGAACUUGGACAAACAAAAAAAAAAACAUGCAAAAAGUAUCAUUCAGAAUCAUUUCAAAUAUUUAGUGUAGUUUGUACACAUUCUAUAUUCUGAUACUAGUGAAGGAUGAUAACAGCAGUGAGAACUCCCUUAAGUCUGUGAUCUGAACAUAGAGAUUCUGGUGGGAAUAGAGUAUGCUCAAGCUUUUUUCCAAAAAUUUGACUUCAAAACAAGCUUCAGCAGACUUAAUUCCCAGUGAUGCUUUUGCUGGGACCAAGAAAUAAGGACAAAAAAUAAAACWUAUCCAUGGGUUCAUAAGAAUUAAGUUCUGUAGCGUUUUAUAUCAUAAAACUACAAUUACCAUAUUCAUAGAAUGUUUAUUCUACUAUAAAUCAUUUUAGUUUCAUUAUAAAUCAUUUUCAUCAGUGCUUUGAUAAUUAAUGUGCAGUAAUUUCUGGCAUAAAAACAUACGUAUUAAUUAAUAGAAACAUCCUACUGUAGAUAAAAAUAGAGCUAAUAUUUUGUUUUGCCAGGGGAAUUAUUGUAACAGCAAUAAAGUUUUUUGUAAAAUAA